CUUAAAUGUAUCCGUUUUAUGCAACAUUUCGAUCAUUUUCCUUGUAUAAUGAAAAUAUGAUUUUUUUAAACUUAUUUAAAAACAACAACCAAAGUGGUGCGGUUCAUUUAUUGGAGAGGUAUGCAAUGUGCCGAAAAAAACGCAACGUGCACAUGUCUUGAAUUGACCAAUGGGACAAAUUCCAUGCCAAAUGGGUGGAACCAAUCCCCUACCGAAUAGGAAUGAAGUGUCAUGUGGAGUUUCACCGUUCACACUUUAACCGAGAUCAAAACUUUGAGAGGUGGAACAACAACGACACUUCAACAUCGUUUUGAUAGGCAACUAACUGUUCAACGUCUGCGAACGACGGGGACACUGGUUCAAAUGGAGAAAUCUACAAAUUUCCGCAUCGAUGCGCUUCUCGCUGUUGACCCGCCGAAGGUGCAGACAUCUCCGCUUGCGCUUGUGACUUCUUUAUCCUCCUCUUCCAUUUCAUCGUCCGGAAGUGUACAAGCCUCAGAAUUGAAUGCCGACUCUUUAAGGACUGAGACUCCGUCUCCACCGAGGAUUUCCUCCUGUGGUUUGAUUCCUAAACCGGGCUUCUUGAACAGUCCCCACAGUAUUGUUGGAUUACAUCCACAGAGUAGCGCAGGGAUCCCUCCCCAGGCUCUCUACGGCCACCCCAUGUAUACCUACUCCCUCGGGCAGCACCCUGCCCUGUCCUAUUCAUAUCCUCAUGGGUCCCAUCACCACCAUCCCAGUGACUCCCUCAAACUGUCUGCCGGGACCUUUCAGCUCGACCACUGGCUGCGAGUCUCCACAGCGGGAAUGAUGCUACCCAAAAUGCCCGAUUUUAACUCUCAGGCCCAAUCAAACUUGCUUGGAAAGUGCAGAAGACCAAGGACUGCAUUCACAAGUCAGCAGCUCCUGGAGCUGGAGCAUCAAUUCAAACUAAAUAAGUAUCUGUCGCGACCAAAGCGCUUUGAAGUGGCUACAUCCUUGAUGCUGACGGAAACGCAGGUGAAAAUUUGGUUCCAGAACAGGCGGAUGAAGUGGAAACGGAGCAAGAAGGCUAAAGAGCAAGCCGCGCAGGAGGCAGAGAAUAAGAAAAACAACAAAAACGGCCAGGAGAAAUCUGACGGACAGGAAAAAACGGAUUAUCAAAAGACUGGUUCUGCAAAAAGUAACAGAAUAAGAGACUUCAGGGACAGUGACGAUGAUGACGGUGACAACUUCCUGUACAACUCCUCGGAUUGCUCUUCAGACGACGAGAGAAACCACACCAGUGAUAUAAGUCCACAACCUUGAGACAGGGACAAGGAAACGUGCAUUUUUGAAAAACGAUACACUCCUUAAACUACAGAUGCAUGUAGGCCUACAGUAAUAAAAACAUUAAAAUCUACCCGGAAAUUCAGAAAUUAAAUGAGAAUAAUUUGGAAAACACUAAAGGAUCCAUGCCUGACUGAGAUUCAGUGUGUGCAGAAUGGCUCUAGCAAGCAAGGUCAGAUUGACGUUUUAGAAGGUAGUAUUGAGGUACAUUAUUUGUAACAUUGCAUGGUUUUAUGUGACAAUGUCAUGUUUUCACUCAGUUGUUUUAGGACCCUAAUGUCCACUACAAUCAUAUGGGUUCUCCACUAUAGGGGUUAUUAUCAUAAUAUUUUGAUAUGGCGACCAACUGUAAAUUCAGACAUGCCACAUUUUGCAUUUUCUUUUGUUUCAUGUUUUUGAACAUUGUGUGGUUUUACACUUAUGUCAUUGCGUCAUAUAGGCCUACCAUUUACGUGCAGAAAAAUGUUAUGCGUUUAUUUUUGUACACUGUGUUUAUAAAAUGUCUACAUGUCUGCAUGCUAAAUUAUUGUUUACCGUCUCCCAUGGUACAGACGACAUUAAA